AUGACACACGAUAAUUCAGAUGUUUUCGGCUCUUCUAGCUCACAGUUUUUGUCUGCAUCCUCAUCUACCGGUCCUCGGCGGUCACCAUCGCGACAAAGCCUUAAUUCCCGACGAUCUGCGACGUCUUUGCGGUCUUCGUCCAGUCUAGCCCAGACCAUGGAUCAGGAUGCCAGCAACAGUCGCUUUUCAUUAGCUCAUGAGCUUGCAGCCGCCCUAAUGCCUGAGCCUAGCGCUGGGUCGAGGUUAUUAGCAGAAGAGUUCGGGAUAGAAUACGAUGAAGGCGCGGAAGGCAUCGACGAAGACAUUCAUCAUUCAAAUAGUGACCAUCCGCAACUGCUUGUCGAUAGUAAUGAAGGACCAUCAUUUGCCGACGAAUUGAAUCACCGCGAUGCGUUGGAUACAUCUUUUGCAGAUACCCCACAACACCGUGCUGUUCGUGACGAACAAGACUAUGAUCCUGUCUUUGGCAGUCCUUCUGCGACGAGACAUAAGAAAUCCAAGAGACCAGAGCAGGACGCGAUGGAAGUGCUUGCUCAGGACUUAGAGUCCACUGACAAGUUCCUCUCUCAUCUCAGGCAUCUCGACAAUGAACCUGGUUCAAUCGCUUCUGCAUCGCAGCAGCUGUCACUAGAAAAGAUGGCUUAUGAUGUUAUUCGAAGGCUAGACGAGACCACAAGAGAUAGAGAAGGUCAAGUUCGGGAACUUUUAGAAUACGAGCGGGAAUUCCGGAAGAUUGCUGGUCAAGUCGGGGGUGAGGACGUUUUGGGACAGCUGGAGGAGCUUACUGGCAUGCAUGAGUUACACGAAGAAGAGAAACCAACUCCUGCGUCGAUUCAUCCUCAAAUCGACAACGUUGAAGACGAACCACCUCGACGGUCUCGGGUUCAGGAAUGGGAUGCGGAUCCACAUCAGCUCGAUAGGGACGGAGAAGACGAGGAUGAUAUUGACUAUGAAGAAGAAUUGACACCUGUUAAAUAUACAUUUCCGCCUCCGCCACCCAUAUUGGGCCCACCCACCCCAGCAGCCACUAUAUCCCAAUUAGCUCAUCUCCGCUCAUUCACCCGCUCUCUGGUUACCUCUCUGACCACAAUCUCCGAACAAGCCCAGGUGAACGGAGCGGCGACAACCGAAGCUGGACGGAAAAUCCGAGCCCUGAAGAACAAAUUAGGAACUUGGCGCACAGAUUGGGAUAGUGCGGAGCGCAGUAGAUUGAAAAUUGAAAGAUGGGAGGCAGGGAUUUCGGAUGGGGCGGAUACACCAGAUGGGGAUGCUUCUCCUGGAUAUAUUUCAUCCCCGCGACCAAGCGGGCACAAGAGGGUCGAUGGGCGGCGGAUUGUCGAAGAGCAUUUACAGGCAUUUGAACUUGCUCUUGCAGACGCAGGGGGGAAGACUAAGGCUAUCAUGGCUUCAGGAUGA